UCUUUCUUCAAUGAAUGAACGAAUGAAAAUGAUUACUUUCACGUGAACCGAAUAUUCCACUUUCCAAUCUUCACGGAAUAUUCCUUUUUCUUUUUUUGUCGAUAUGGGCAGCAGUUCUGCUGGAGAAAUUGAAACCGCCGGCGACCGCCCCGCCGGAAUCUGGCAAGUCAACGUCGACAGACUGACUUCUAUGCAGCAGAAAAUCGCCGACUCGCCGCAGAUACUGAGUAGAUCCGCCGGCCGGAGCACUUGCUCAAUCUUCAGAGUCCCCCAAAGCCUGAUCGACAUCAACGGCCGCUGCUACCAGCCCCACAUCGUCUCCGUCGGCCCUUUCCACCACGGCAAACCCAACCUCAAAAUGAUCGAAGAGCACAAGUGGCGAUUCCUCGGCUCUCUCCUCAAACGAACCCGAACCAAACCCUUGGUUCUGGAGGAUCUAUUGAAAUCCGUUCAGCCACUCGAAUCCAAAGCCAGGGAGUGCUACUCCACCGCCAUCAAUUUCACCGUCCACGAAUUCACCGAAUUGCUGGUUCUCGAUGGCUGCUUCGUCGUCGAGCUUUUCAGAAAAUUCGGCGGCGUUGUUGCAUUUGAAGCCGACGACCCCCUGCUUUCGAUGUCGUGGGUCUACCCGUUUUUUCUUAGGGAUUUGAUCCGACUCGAAAACCAGAUCCCCUUUUUCGUUCUCCAACGCUUGUUCGAUAUGACGAUAAUGCCCUCCGAACAAUCCGGCCCCUCCCUAUCCAAUUUAACCCUCACAUUCUUCAACAACGCCCUCCAAAGAUCCGACGAAUUCGUCCACAAAUUAGGCGAAAUCACCGGAAAACACUUGCUCGAUUUGCUCCGUUCGAGUUUCAUUCCAGAAGGCUACAGAGAGCCGAAGCAAACCCGUUACCCGAACACCCACGUCAUCCAAUGCAUUUCGAAGCUCAGGAAAGCCGGCAUCCAUCUACAGCCCGGAAACUCCGAAAACUUUCUAGUCGUGAAAUUCAGGAACGGAGUCAUCGAAAUGCCGACCAUAGCGAUCGACGAUUUCAUGAGCUCGUUUCUGCUGAACUGCGUGGCGUACGAGCAGUGCCACAGGGACUGCUCCAAGCAUUUGACGACGUACGCGACGCUGUUGGAUUGCCUGAUCAACACCGCAAAAGACGUCGAGUAUUUGUGCGAUAAGAAUAUUCUCGAGAAUUACUUCGGGACGGAUGCUGAAAUAGCGAGGUUUAUCAACAACAUGGGGAAGGAUGUCACGUUCGAUAUCGAUAUGUGUUAUCUGACGGAGGAGUUUAAUGAGGUGAACAAUUACUACAAGAACCAUUGGCAUGUGCAUUUGGCGAGUUUUAAGUACACUUAUUUCAAUACGCCGUGGUCUUUUAUUUCAGCGUUGGCUGCUUUAGUUCUUUUGCUUCUUACUGUGGCUCAGACAUAUUUUACGAUCUUGGGUUAUGUUCGCCCGGCGGCGUAGGAAUGAAUCGGUACUAAUUUGUUUUUCGAUUUUUCGAUGUGUUUAUUUGUGUGAAUGAAAUAUACUCUCUUUUUGAUUCACCCUUUUGUUGUAAAUUGUAAUAGUUGGAGUCUUGGUUUGUGUUGUGAUUUACGCGGGAAAUAAAUGUCUUACAGAGAGGAGCAGGGGAUUUUUUGUAUUUUACACCCCCAUGUUUAUUGUGAUUGUUAACAGAACUCAUUUUAUUAUUUGUAUUUGUAUAAAUUUGAAUGUACUAAAAUAUAUUGCCAUCGUAUGUUUAA